CAUGAUGCUCGCACCAUCCGCUACCCUGAUCCCCUUAUCAAGGUGAAUGACACCAUUCAAAUUGAUUUGGAGACUGACAAAAUUACUGAUUUCUUCAAAUUUGACACUGGUAACCUGUGCAUUGUGGCUGGAGGUGCUAACCUGGGAAGAAUUGGUGUGAUCACUAACUGGGAGAGACAUCCUGGUUCUUUUGAUGUAGUUCAUGUGAAAGAUGCCAACGGCAAUAGCUUUGCCACCCGGCUCUCCAACAUUUUCGUUAUUGGCAAAGGCAACAAACCAUGGAUCUCUCUUCCUCAUGGAAAGGGUAUCCGCCUUACCAUUGCUGAGGAGAGAGACAAGAGACUGGCAGCCAAACAGAGCAGUGGAUAA